GCUUCAGUCAACGAUACCUUGGGUGCAUUGAGAUCGGCAAGUACAAGAACUGCUUCUUUGUCUCGCGAAAGAACUUGACGACCGAUAGCACACCCCAACUGGACAGUCUGGAGGACCUAGCUAUCUCUGCACUUUUUGAUGCGUGUGCGGUUUCGGCUCCUACCAUCUUAUAUGUAAAGGACAGCAAGCACGGCCGGUUCAAUAAGCUCUUUGAGAACAAAGAGCGUCUCAAGCGAUUCACCUCUGAGAUUGCCAAGCUCAAGAAACCUGUGGUGGUGAUCACAGAAAACGUCGACGAAGCACCUGAUGUGCUUGAGCCAAAGGGCACACGGCCACACAAACACCGCACAGGCAGUGGAGGAAAGUCGCAGAUGACGAGUAUGAUGAAGAAUGCCAUCAAGCAGAUUGCUGGAGGCCAGCCACCGCAAUUUAUGAUCAUGGUACACGAUCACCACACGCGAGACGGUGCCGAGCCUAGGGCAUCCGUGAAAGGGGGACUACGAAUGACCGAGCUCGCCAUCAAAGCGCCGAUGGACUCGAAACUGUUGCGGUCGUGGGACUCACAGAUAACCGCAGACCAAAGGCAAACGACAAUCAAGCAGAACACAGCCCUACUUAACAGGGUGCUGCUCAGAAACCAAAUCAGGGUCACUGUCAAGAAUCGCGCGCAGCUGAAGGAUCUGUUCAGGAUCGAGCCAAUGCUGGAGAACAAGAAGCUUACACCCGCGCAAGCGGAUUCCAUUGUGGGGUGGGCCAUAUCACAUCACCUGCGAAUGACCGCAGAAGCCGCUAAUCCACUGUCCUCUAAGGCCGCUACGCCCGAGGCGAUCGAGGAUACUCCCGUUGCCUUGGCAACGGAGGGGGGUAUAAAUUGUACAGACGCGGCUAGUGGCGAGAAGAGUAAAGAUAGUACGGAUGCGGAUUAUAAGGUUGCGGAAGUAACUGGGAAGGAACGGGAGACUGAAGGGGCCAGGAAAACGACCAGUAAGAAGAAGGGUGUCCGGAGUAGCAAGCGCAAGACGGCGGCGAAGAGCGAUGAUGGCGGCACGACAGACAGUAAGAAGACCAAGAUUACAAAGACUAAGGGCAAGAGCAAGGCCGUGCAGGGCUCGGCAAAAUCGGAAUCAAAGCAAAAAGCCGUAGCAGUCAUCAGCACCAAGAAGUCAGACACCAUCCUGAAGCUUACCCUUCCAGCUCUGCAACACGCCAUCCUGAUGUUUGGCGCCUUCAGCGAAGCCAAGAGCGGAGACAACAAGUUUGUGGAUUCGAUCAAACCCGAAAACGAAUACGAGGAGAAACUCCUGGCUAGUGUCAUCCCCGCCGACAAAAUCGGGGUGUCGUUCGAUGAUAUUGGGGCGCUAGAGAAGGUCAAGAAGACCCUUUUCGAGCUGGUUAUCUUGCCUCUCAGACGGCCCGAAUUGUUCACGCGAGGUAACUUGACUAAACCUAUGAAGGGUAUCCUCCUGUUUGGCCCUCCUGGUACUGGAAAGACACUGUUGGCCAAAGCGGUGGCCACGCAAUCGGGUGCCAACUUCCUCAAUAUUACGGUGUCGGGCAUAACAUCCAAGUGGAUGGGUGAGGGAGAGAAAUUUGCUAAGG